CCCCUUCUCCGCCUUGUUUUCCAACUUCUCUGGGAGCAGCCGGACAGCAGGCGUCAGGACGCAGCAGAAAGAGGAGGCCACCAUGACGGAGCUGCAGGAGGUGCAGAUCACAGAGGAGAAGCCACUGUUGCCAGGGCAGACACCUGAGAUGGCCAAGGAGGCUGAGUUAGCUGCCCGAAUCCUCCUGGACCAGGGACAGACUCACUCUGUGGAGACACCUUAUGGCUCUGUCAGUUUUACUGUCUAUGGCACCCCCAAACCAAAACGCCCAGCGAUACUCACCUACCAUGAUGUGGGACUCAACUAUAAAUCUUGCUUCCAGCCGCUGUUUCAGUUCGGGGAUAUGCAGGAAAUCAUUCAGAACUUCGUACGGGUUCACGUGGAUGCUCCUGGGAUGGAAGAGGGGGCUCCUGUAUUCCCUUUGGGAUAUCAGUACCCGUCUCUGGACCAGCUUGCGGACAUGAUCCCUUGUAUCCUGCAGUACUUAAAUUUCUCCACAAUAAUUGGAGUUGGUGUUGGAGCUGGAGCCUACAUCCUGUCACGAUAUGCUCUUAACCACCAGGAUACAGUUGAGGGUCUUGUCCUCAUCAACAUUGAUCCCAAUGCCAAGGGUUGGAUGGACUGGGCAGCCCACAAGCUUACAGGCCUUACCUCUUCCAUUUCGGAGAUGAUUCUUGGACAUCUUUUCAGCCCGGAAGAGCUGUCUGGAAAUUCUGAGUUGAUACAAAAGUAUAGAAAUAUCAUUACACAUGCACCCAACCUGGAGAACAUUGAACUGUACUGGAACAGCUAUAACAACCGCCGAGACCUGAACUUUGAGCGUGGAGGUGAUAUCACCCUCAAGUGCCCCGUGAUGCUGGUGGUAGGAGACCAGGCACCCCACGAAGACGCAGUGGUGGAAUGUAACUCAAAGCUGGACCCCACCCAGACUUCUUUCCUCAAGAUGGCCGACUCUGGAGGUCAGCCCCAGCUGACUCAGCCAGGCAAGCUGACCGAGGCCAUCAAGUACUUCCUGCAAGGCAUGGGCUACAUGGCCUCGUCCUGCAUGACUCGCCUGUCCCGUUCUCGCACAGCUUCCCUGACCAGUGCGAGAUGUCACCAACAUCAUGAUCUUAAGGAAGUACAGAAAGCUGAAGUGCCCAAGGACAUCUUGUGA